AUGAUGAACGAUCCGUUUUUCAGAAAACAACAGCCAUGGAGCUUUUCCCGAUCCGUUCCGGUUCAACAAGCACAACAAAAAUCGUCACCAAAAGUCGUUUCUGUGCCGGUCCACUUUGUCUCAUCCAAUCAACCACCAACCACAAUAUCGAAGUUAAAGGAUUCAGCAGUUCUUAACAUCCAGAAACUCUUCAGAGGCUUUCUGGUGAGGAAGAGCGUGAAGAAGAUCGCUUCUAUCAGAAACGAGGUUUACGAUAUUGAACGAAGAAUUGACGAUACGGAAGUUGUUAGUUUAAUUCGUAGGGAUGCGAAGGAGAGGCUGAGGGUGAAUGAAACCCUAAUGUCUUUGCUUUUCAAAUUGGAUUCCAUUCGCGGUGUUGAUUGUGGCAUUAGGGAUUUGAGGAAAGCUGUAACUAAGAAAGCAAUUGGAUUACAGGAGAAGGUGGAUUCAAUUGAUCACCAAACCCUAGAUUCAAAUUCACCUGGUGAAAUUGAUUCUCCUGAUAAUGUUCGUACAAGUACAUUAGAUCAAGCCACAGAAGCCGCCUCUAAUUCUGUUGAUGACAGAGUUGAAAAUCAUGAAGCGAUUGGGGACGAUAAAGAUGUAAAGGAAGUUGUUGAGAAUUGUAAUCCUGGUGAAGAUGUAAUUGGUGAAGUGGAAGCUAUGGAAACUAGUCCUGUUGUAAAUAUGACUCAUUUUGGGGGAAAAGAUGAUGAUGCUGCAGAGAAACACAAUUGUGCGGAUUAUUCCGAAGGAAACAGAGUAAUAUUAGAGGAUCUGAGGGGUGAUAAUGAGAAGAUUAUGAAGAUGAUGAGUCAGAUAUCUGAGAGGAAUGAGAUGCAGAUGCGGAUGAUUAACUCGUUAAGUCGAAGAGUGGAGCAGCUGGAGAAGGCUGAGAAGCAAAGAAUGAAGAAGAAAACACAUGCUUCUCUAAGGAGAAAGAGAGAUGUAGAUAGUUUGUGUAUUUGA